ACAGGAAUAACGUCAUCAGAAAAGUUCUUCCCAACUGAUGCGUGGUGCAUCACCAGAAGAGCGCUUGAGCUCCAUUAUUGAGCAGGUCAGCCGUUUGCCCCCCACCCACCUUCACCCAACCCUUCUUUGAGAAGAUGGGAAGUUCCUGCAGAUAAUUGCAGUGGCCAGAAGAUACAUCGGAGAUGGCGAAGCAUAAGAGCCCCAGCCGAGGAGAACCCCAAAGGCUCAGGUCGGCGCUGCUUGGAGGAUGCUUUCUGCUGUCGAUGAUCCUUCUUGUGGUGUACACCAGCUAUGUUGUUUCCUUCUCCAACCUGACCUUCUGGCGUUCAAAUCAAGCGGCUCCUCCUGUUCCCAAGGAAGAACACAAGAUCACAGCUUCUGAUCCAGCAGAGGGACAAGGACCAAAUAUACAAGAAAUGUCAAGGUUUAGCAUUAAAGAUAAUGAAUUGGUCACAAAAGAGACAAGGCCCCAAAAGGAGAAACUUCCAAGAAAUCCCUUUUGUGAUUUUUCAGAUAGAAGGAAUGAUUAUUGUGAGAUGGAGGGUGAUAUUAGGAUCCAUGGAAACUCUUCCUCCAUCGUCUUUGUUACUUCCUCAAAUACAAAUGGUACAAACAUACAAGAAUCAUGGCAGUUGAAGCCUCAUCCUCGGAAAGGAGAUGCUAGAGCGAUGGCUCGCGUCACUGAAAUGUCAGUGAAAACUUUGUCUCCUCAUGGUGCUCCUAAAUGUGCCAUACGUAGCACAGUUCCGGCAAUAGUCUUCUCAACUGGUGGUUAUAUGGGGAACUUCUUCCAUGACUUCACUGAUAUACUUAUCCCUAUCUUUACAACAUCCCAACAGUUCAACGGGGAAGUUCAGUUUCUAAUAAGUGAGAUUCUUCCAAUAUGGAAUGACAAGUAUCGAAAACUACUAAAACCGCUCACUAAUUAUGAGAUCAUUGACUUCAACCAGGACCAUACAGUUCGCUGCUAUCCUCGUGUUAUCGUGGGUCUUAAAUUCCACAAGGAGAUGAGCAUUGAGCCCUCAAGGUCCCCUUACGGUCUCUCAAUGGUUGAUUUUGGAAGGCAUGUCAGAAAAUCUUUUGCAUUGGAGCGUGACACCACGAUUAAACUGGGACCAGAUCAAGAUAAGAAGCCUAGAAUCCUAAUUAUUGCAAGGAAGUGGACGAGAAUAUUUGCCAAUGUCGAUGAAAUAGUUCGGAAAGUGGAAGAGAUGGGCUUUGAACCUGUUGUUGCAGAGGCGAAGUAUGACUUGGCUGAAUUUGCGCGCAUAGUUAACUCAUGUGAUGUGAUGCUGGGAGUUCACGGCGCCGGGCUAACUAAUCUUGUCUUCCUUCCAACCAAUGCAGUGGUGAUCCAAGUUAUUCCUCUGGGUGGAUUGGAGGGGAUAAGUUGGAUUGACUUUGGAUUGGCUACCAUAAGCAUGAAGAUGCACUACUUGCAGUAUAUGAUAAGUCUAGAAGAGAGCACACUGACAGAGCAGUUUUCUAGAGGUGAUCCAGUGCUCUCCGAUCAGAAGGAAGCUUACCGAAAACAUGGGUGGGAUCGAAUGAUCGAGCUGUACUUUUUCAAACAGGGUGUGAAGCUCGAUACAGAGAGGUUCAGCAGUACUUUACUGCAUGCCCUUGAGCUUCUUCGUCAACGGUAGAUAGCGGCACCAGUUUCGUCAACGGUAGAUAGCGGCACCAGUUUGAAGCUACUCGCCUUGAUUAAUUCGCAUUGUAUUUUUCUUAAUAAGAUUAAACAAACAUGAAGUUCCCCCAGUGCUUUCCAGGAAAAUAGAGUGUGUGUUCUUUA